GCCGCGUCGCGCCGCGGCCGCGGGGCUCCAGAUCCGGAGCCGUACGUAUAACCCCCCUCACUCACAACACAACACACCCUCUCCUCUCUACUGUUCCGCCACAAGACCCCAGGGCGCCGCCGCCACCGCCACCAACUCACUGGGUGAGCCGCCGCGGCCCUAAACCCUAGCCCAGCGCGCGCCUCUCCUCCUCCUCCUACUCCCCCCAUGGCCGCGCCGCAGGCUUCCCCGUCGCCCUCCGCGCAAGUGGUGGGCAACGCGUUCGUGCAGCAGUACUACCAGAUCCUGCACCAGUCGCCGGAUCUGGUGUACCGGUUCUACCAGGACGCCAGCCGCCUCGGCCGCCCGCCCGCCGACCGCUACGGCGACAUGGUCUCCGUCACCACCAUGGAGGCGAUCAACGAGAAGAUCAUGGCCAUGGACAUGUCGCGGGCGGAGAUCAAGACGGUGGAUUCGCAGGAGUCGCUCGGCGGCGGCGUCACCGUGCUUGUCACCGGCCACCUCACCGUCCGCGACGGCGUGUGCCGUGAAUUCUCCCAGUCCUUCUUCCUGGCGCCGCAGGAGAAGGGCUACUUUGUGCUCAACGACAUGUUCCGCUACGUCGGGGACGGCCCUACCCCUGCUGCUGCUGCUGCUGCGGAGGUGCAGCCCGAGGCAGAUGCCGUGGCUCCACCCCUGGCUAAUGGUACAGCUACUGCUCCUCUGCAGCCUGCUGCUCCUGACUAUGAUGCUAUGCCGCACGAGGAGCCGGAUGUUGUGGAGAAUGUGGCGGUGCCUCCUGAGGAGGAGGAGGAGGUUUAUAAUCCGCCUCUGGAGGAGGUGGAGGGUGGGGCUGUGGAAGAGGAACAAUCAGUUCCUGAGGUGAUUAAUGAAGUCCCAAAUAAUGUGGUGCCCGUUGUAGCUCCUGCAGAUGCUCCGGUGUCACACGAGGAGGCGCCAAAGAAGUCAUAUGCCUCAAUUGUCAAAGUCAUGAAAGAAGCUCCAGUGCCAGCCCCUAUUCCUGCUACUAGGCCUGCACCUGCUGCUAGACCUGCACCUCCCAAACCCGAGAAGCAAUCUCCUGCCCCUCCGGCUCCUGCUCCAGUUGCAGAUGCUACUCCUUUUAGUUCUAAUGCUGAGAGCAGCAAUACGCAUGAGCCAGAAGUUGAUGCACAUGCGAUAUACGUGAGGAGUCUACCAUUAAAUGCCACUACGACACAACUGGAGGAUGAGUUCAAGAAGUUUGGCACCAUAAAACCUGAUGGGAUUCAAGUCAGAAGCCAUAAGAUUCAAGGGUUCUGUUAUGGCUUUGUUGAAUUCGAGGAAGCUACUGCAGUCCAAAGUGCUAUAGAGGCUUCUCCUGUAAUGAUUGGUGGACGCCAAUGUUUUGUCGAGGAGAAGAGAACACCUGGUUCACGAGGAUCCAGCAGAGGAGGAAGGUUUGCACCAGGAAGAGGUAAUAACAACUUCAGAGCUGACGGGAUGAGAGGCCGUGGCAAUUAUAGUGGAGGAAGGAGCUACGGAAGGGGUGAUUUCAGUUACAGAUCUGAUUAUGGUGGCAGAGGUGGUGGCAGAGGUGGCUCUGCGCGUGGACCUGAUGUUGGCUACCAGAGGGUUGACGGUGGUCGUGGUGGCCGUACAUCAGCAGGCCCUGGUGCCCCUGCAAAAUGAGGGGCGAAGUAGCUUGUGUCUCUAGUAUUAUCAUUCCAUGGUCCUUGGAAUGUCCAGAUUCAACAUAGGCUUCAUCAAUUGAUUGCAUGCUGGAAUUGUCAAGCCCAAUUUACAAAUUAUGAGGUUCUAUUUUUGAAGGCGGCAAAAGGGGUUAAAUUGGUUGCUAAUUGUAGAAUAUACACCUAUUCACAUGUAGUCUUAGCUUGGUCUUUGAUGAUCAGCUGAUGUGUUAUUUUUUUUCUUUUUGUGUUAAUUUUGUCCCGUUUAAGUUUGGAGCAUUCAUUUGUUGUGUCCAUUUGAUUUUAUAGUUACUACGAACUGCUGAAAAUUUGAUUUUAUAGUUACUACGAACUGCUGAAAUAAUUGAUAGUUUAGACUCUAGAGUAGCUGGUAAAGUAGUAAUUAGGAGAGAUUUUGUCUUGUUCUUGUGAUGUCUUGAGGCGAAGGACACUCUUAUUGAUACUAGUUUGAUACUGGUUUAUUUAAUUUUCGAGGAAUUUACCC